AUAUAUCGUCAUCCCAAAGAAAAAGGGCCCUACUCCUACUAAAUGCUAAAUGAAGUGAAAUGAAGUAAUCGCAAACGAUCUUUUGCUCAUUAUCCAGUGCAAGCGGCCUUCCUGUGGCAUCGAUAACAGUUUUCAAUCGUAACUCUAAAAAGAAACACUGAAAAAAUGUCGGGAGGCAUACCAUCAUUGAGUUUGAAAGAUGAUGAUGUUACUAAAUUCCUAGCUUCUUCUACACAUAUUGGAGCAACCAACUUGGAUUUUCAAAUGCAACAAUAUGUUUUUAAAAGACGUUCUGAUGGUGUUUAUCUGAUCAACUUGAAAAAGACAUGGGAGAAACUUCUUUUAGCAGCCAGGGCCAUCGUAGCAAUCGAAAAUCCAGCUGAUGUGUGUGUAAUUUCAGCAAGACCCUAUGGUCAGCGUGCCGUUUUGAAAUUUGCAGCAGCCACUGGGGCCACUUCCAUUGCUGGUCGUUUUACUCCAGGUACCUUCACUAAUCAGAUUCAAGCUGCUUUCCGUGAACCAAGGCUCCUAGUUGUUACAGAUCCCAGAAUCGAUCAUCAGCCAUUGACAGAAGCUUCUUAUGUGAAUAUUCCAGUUAUUGCAUUUUGCAAUACCGAUUCUCCACUCCGCUAUGUUGAUAUCGCUAUCCCUUGCAACAAUAAGGGGGCUCACUCUAUUGGAUUAAUGUGGUGGAUGCUUGCCAGAGAAGUUUUGCGUAUGAGAGGAACAAUCAGUCGGGAAUUGAAAUGGGAUGUUAUGGUGGAUUUAUAUUUCUACAGAGAUCCAGAAGAUGCUGAGAAAGAGGAACAAGCUGCAGUUCAAGCUGAAAGACCAGUUAAAGAUGCUGCUGAUUUCCAGAAUGAACCUUGGGGAGGUGGAGAAGUUGCUGCAGUUCAACCAGAAGUGUCAGACUGGGCUGCUGAACCUACACCUGUAUAUACUGAAACAGAGGACUGGGCUGCUCAACCAUCAAAUGAUUGGUCUGCAACUGCUCCUAUAUCUGUUGGUACUCCUGCUCCAAUGGGUGCAGCUCCCCCAACUAAUGAUUGGGGCGCAGCAGCUGAUGCUGGAUGGCCAUGAAUGUGGUUUUAAUUGAAUAAAAAAAAAAUUAUGGA